AUGUCGAUCCCGCAAGUGAAUCCCGCAACAGGGAAGAAGUUGGAGCCAGUGGAGCCCAACUCGGUGGAGGAUGUGAAUCGCGCCGUCGCCCACGCACGCGAGGCGCAGAAGGUGUGGGCCUCCCUCUCUUUUGCGCAGCGGGCGAAACACGUGAAAAAAAUGCAGCGCUUCUUGGCAGACAACGCGGACCGUGCCGCAGCCAUCAUCUCGCAGUGCAACGGCAAAACGCGUCACGACGCGUUGGGGACGGAGAUACUGCCAUGUGUGAUGGCCUGUAAAUGGUACGCGGCGAACACCGCCCGUGUUCUCGCCCCACAGAAGCUGCCUUGUGGAAAUAUGCUCUUCUUCAACAAAUCAAAUACGCUACAAUACAUUCCUCUUGGCGUUGUUGGCAUCAUUACUGCGUGGAACUUUCCAUUCACGAUCCCAUUCAAUGAGGUCCUUAUGGCAUUGAUGGCAGGCAAUGGCGUUGUACUGAAGGUGGCGACACCGACAACGCACGUUGGACGAUUUAUAGAAGAAUGCAUCAACGCCGGGGAGUUUCCUCCCGGCCUUUUUGCCCACGUUGUCCUGCAGGGUGCUGAUGUUGGCCCAGGCAUGCUGAAGGCAGGCGUGGAUAAGAUUUUCUUCACCGGCAGCGUACUGGUUGGGAAGAAGCUAAUGGCCCUUGCAGCGGAGACCCUCACGCCGGUGUCGCUGGAGCUCGGUGGGAAGGAUCCAAUGAUUGUGCUCGCCGACGCCGCCAUUGAGCGGGCUGUGAACUGCGCGUUGUGGGCUGGAUUUCAAAACGCAGGACAGUCCUGUGGGGGUGUGGAGCGUGUCUAUGUCCAUGCAUCCAUAUAUGACAAGUUUCUUGCAGAGUUGGUCGCGAAGACGCGGGCGCUGCGGCAUGGACCGGAUGUGAACUUCAACGUUGACAUUGGUGCGGUGACCACCAAGUCGCAGCUCCAGACCAUUAAGGAGCAUGUGGAGGACGCCGUCGCGCGUGGAGCACGCAUCGUGGCGCAGAGUACUCCGACAGGUGAUGUUUCCAGUGGAAAUUUUUAUCCUGCUACUGUGUUAACCGGAGUCACAGCCGACAUGCGUGUUAUGCGGGAGGAGACAUUUGGCCCUGUCCUGCCUCUUGUGCCAUUUACAACGGAGGAGGAGGUAGUUGCCAUGGCGAAUGACUGCAGAUUUGCACUGACGAGUAGUGUGUUCUCUAGCAGUCGCACCAACGCUCGCCGUGUGGCGGGUAAACUGGAGAGUGGUGUGGUGAGCAUCAAUGAUCACCUUUACUCGCAUGGUAUGAGCGAGUCGCCAUGGGGUGGGUGGAAGGAGAGCGGCAUCGGCCGCACACACGGUGUUUUGGGCCUAAAAGAAAUGUGUAAUGUGCGCUGCAUCAACGAUGACUGUCUUCCCAGCAGGUGGGCCCACCGGGACCUGUGGUGGUUUCCGCAUGGUCACGAUUCGUACGAUACACUCCUGCAUGCCGUCUCCGUCGCGGCCCCACGGGGGUUCAUGCAUGCGUUGUUGAACCUUGUCUCGCUGGGGAAGCGACUCGGCGUGAUGUUCCGCCCCUGGUGUGUCACCACCGGCGGCAACGACAAGGCAGCGAAGGAAACGGCCGCAAAGGGCAGCAAAAGUAGGCCGACGUAG